AUGGUGGGUCGAUCAGCUGUUUUGAUCGAACCGCCACCAUCACAUGGAAGGCUGAACUCGGUGAGAUCAGUGCUGGCUGAUUGGAAACAACUAUUCGGUGGAUGUAAUUUUAUCAAGCGAAAAGAUCGAAGUCGAUCUCGACGUGGCAAAGAUGGAGCAAAAGAGCCGGCGGGUGGUGGAAAGAGGGGAGCCUCGGUUUCACAUAUCUCCGCAACAAAAGCCCCACUCCAGGAACAAAACGUUUGCGUGUGUGAUUCGAUUGAUGAUAAGAUGAUCGAGCGAUUCUCGCAGAUCCCGACCGGUGUCGAUUCGAAUGAAUGGCUGGCAACGCAUACCCUGGCUUUGUUCGACCACGUGAGCGCGUUGUGCGGGAGUGUCUCCGAGUUGUGCACCCCGGUGACGUGUCCCUCGAUGUCUUUCCCUGGCACUAGCAAAGCUGUCUACCAGGAUGAGCGAGGGAAACGGCACACCUAUUCGGCUCCGCAAUACAUCGAUUGUGUAAUGUCAUUUUGUGAGCAGAGCUCAAAGUCCGAAGAGCUCUUCCCAACUAGAUACGGUUCAACAUUUUCGGGUGAUUUCCAAGGGCAUUGUCGUCGGGUGAUGAGGCUUUUGUGGCACUGUUGUGGUCAUCUCUACACGAGUCAUUGGGAUCAAUUGGGUAUUCUCGAUCUUCGACCUCAGUGCGCGAUGGUGUUGGCGCAUAUGGCGCAAAUCAGUAAACUCUACGCGCUGCUCGAUGCAAAGGACCAACAAUUAGUCAACAAUACGGUGCAAUUGAUUCGACCCGCCUAUGUGCCGGUGUUGCCUCUCUCCACUCGGUCUCCAUCAACACUUCCAUCAGGCGCGGAACCUCCCCGUUACUCUCGUGUCCCAUCAUCUAAAUCGGGCUCUUGGGGUGGCUAUCCGACCACUCAGGUCCUUUCCGCUAAACCCUACGCACAAACGUGU